CGGCAGUUGAACAAGGUAACUAUCAAGAAUAGGUAUCCACUUCCGAGAAUUGAUGAUUUGAUGGAUCAGUUAGUGGGUGCACGUGUUUUUAGCAAGAUUGAUUUAAGGUCAGGUUAUCACCAGAUUAAAGUAAAGGAUGAAGAUAUGCAGAAGACAGCUUUCAGAACGCGUUAUGGUCACUAUGAAUAUAAAGUUAUGCCUUUUGGUGUUACCAAUGCACCUGGAGUGUUUAUGGAGUAUAUGAAUCGCAUCUUCCAUGCAUUUUUGGAUCGGUUUGUGGUUGUGUUUAUCGACGAUAUUUUGAUUUACUCCAAGACUGAAGAAGAACAUGCUGAGCAUCUGAAGAUUGUUUUGCAAGUGUUGAAAGAGAAGAAGUUUUAUGCUAAAUUGUCUAAGUGUGAAUUCUGGUUGAAAGAAGUGAGUUUUCUAGGCCAUGUUAUUUCUGGUGAUGGUAUUGCAGUGGAUCCGUCUAAAGUUGAAGCAGUAUCACAGUGGGAGACUCCUAAGUCAGUUACUGAGAUUAGAAGUUUCCUGGGUUUAGCUGGUUACUAUAGAAGGUUUAUUGAAGGUUUUUCUAAGUUAGCUCUUCCGCUAACGCAGUUGACUUGUAAAGGUAAAACUUUUGUGUGGGAUGUCCAUUGUGAGAACAGUUUCAGUGAAUUGAAGAAGCGUUUGACGACUGCUCCAAAACGAUGGUCGUCGUAUGGGUACCGUAACAACAAUGGUCGUCGUAUCCUCUCAAAAAAGCUUGACAAAGCCAUUUCUAAUAUGAGUUGGCGUCUUGCUUUCCCCGAGGCCUUCAUUGAGAUCUUAUGCAGACUCCACUCUGACCAUAAUCCUAUCCUUCUCCGCUUUGGUGGUCUUCCCUUAGCUAUAGGGCCCCGUCCUUUCCGUUUUGAGGCGGCUUGGAUUGAUCAUGAGGAUUAUUAUGAUCUUGUUACUACAGCCUGGAACUCUUCUAACCACAAUCCUACUACAGCCUUAAAAAAUGUCAGGGAGAGUUCUAUCAUUUUCAAUCAAGAGGUUUUCGGCAACAUUUUUAAAAGAAAGCGUCAAGUUGAGAAAAGGCUCAAAGGUGUUCAGCAAUACUUUAACCGUGUUGAUUCCCUUCAUCAUGCCCUUCUAGAAAAAGAUCUUCAAAGGGAGUAUAACGACAUCCUCUUCCAAGAAGAAAUGCACCGGUAUCAAAAAUCUAGGGAGCAAUGGGUUAAAUUUGGGGACAAGAACAAUGCUUUCUUUCAUGCCCAAACCAUCAUCAGAAGAAAAAGAAACAAAAUUCAUAGGCUUCAGCUCCCAAAUGGUAUCUGGUCCACUGAUAGCUCAACUCUCCAAGAAAAGGCUCAACGAUUCUUCAAAAACCUUUUUUGCAGCAACCGACACAAUAACAACAACCUUACCCUAGAAGGUACCCACCCAACCAUUGAUGUUCAAGAUAUAACUUCUUUAACCAACCCAAUCACUAAGGCAGAGGUAACCGCAGCUCUGAACUCUAUGAAACCUUACAAAUCCUCUGGCCCAGAUGGUUUUCAAUGCAUUUUCUUCAAACAAUAUUGGCAUAUAGUGGGUGAAGACAUUUUCCAAUUGGUCAAAACAGCCUUCGAAACAUGUUAUUUUGACCCUGCUCUCUCUGACACUCUAAUAGCUCUCAUCCUUAAGGAAAUCAUUCACCAUAUGAGGAGAUCAAAGAAGAAAAAGGGGCAGGUGGCAUUUAAGCUUGACCUUGAGAAAGCCUUUGAUAAUAUAUCUCAUUUACUCUUUGCUGAUGAUGUCCUCCUCUUCACUAAGGCAAAAAAUUCUCAACUUAGAUUCAUUUCUGACUUGUUUGAUCCCUUCAGUCUAGCAUCCGGUUUGAAAAUUAAUUUGUCAAAGUCUAGAGUUGAUUAUUCAGCAGGUACUCCUCAAACUAAGAUCAAUAGGCUCACUUCUAUCUCGGGUAUUAGGAGCACUACCUCUCUUGACAAGUAUUUGAGUUUUCCUAUUCUCAAAAGGCGGGCCAAGCGAAGUGAUUUCUUGUAUAUCAUUGAAAAAAUGCAAAGUAGACUUGCUUCUUGGAAAAACAAAUUGCUUAAUAAGCCUGGCAGGUUAACUCUAGCAUCAUCUGUUCUCUCAGCUAUUCCAUCUUACUAUAUGCAGAUAACCUGGCUCCCUCAGAAUAUAUGUGACUCCAUUGACCAAACAACUAGAAACUUUAUUUGGAGAGACUCUAAUAACAAAGGUAUUCAUCUGGUUGGUUGGAACAAAAUUGCUCGUCCUAAGCACCUAGGAGGACUUGGUAUCAGACCAGCUAGGGAAGCUAACAUUAGUCUUCUUGGAAAGUUUGUUUGGGAAUUGGUCCAAUCUUCAAAUAAGCUUUGGGUUAAUCUCCUAUCUGACUGA